AACAAAGUCUUCAUUUACCGGGGAAAGGAAUAUGAACGCCGCGAAGACUUCGAAGCGAGGUUAUUGACUCAGUUCCCAAAUGCAGAAAAAAUGAAAACGACGUCUCCACCGGGCGAUGACAUUAAAAACUCCUCCGGCCAGUAUAUUCAGUGCUUUACUGUAAAGCCCAAACUGGAUUUACCAUCUAAAUUUCACAGGCCAGUGUCAGAACAAAUUGUGAGUUUCUACAGGGUGAAUGAAGUCCAGCGGUUUGAGUAUUCACGCCCAGUUCGAAAAGGAGAGAAAAACCCAGACAAUGAAUUUGCAAAUAUGUGGAUCGAGAGAACCAUCUAUGUGACAGCCUAUAAAUUACCAGGGAUUCUGAGGUGGUUUGAAGUCAAAUCAGUUUUCAUGGUUGAAAUCAGUCCACUGGAAAAUGCGAUAGAAACCAUGCAGCUAACCAAUGAUAAGAUCAAUAAUAUGGUUCAACAGCAUUUAAAUGAUCCAAACCUCCCCAUUAACCCUCUCUCCAUGCUACUGAACGGCAUUGUGGAUCCUGCAGUCAUGGGAGGGUUCACCAACUAUGAGAAGGCUUUUUUUACUGAAAAAUAUAUGCACGAGCAUCCAGAAGAUCAUGACAAGAUUGAAAAACUGAAGGAUCUGAUCGCUUGGCAGAUCCCGUUCCUGGCGGAAGGCAUCCGGAUUCAUGGGGAGAAGGUGACGGAGGCGCUGAGGCCCUUCCAUGAGCGGAUGGAGGCUUGCUUCAGGCAGCUGAAAGACAAAGUGGAAAAACAAUAUGGGGUCCGAGCUGUUCUUUCGAGUCUGGAUGAUAGACGAGGCAGUCGGCCACGGUCUAUGGUGAGAUCCUUCACGAUGCCGUCGUCUUCAAGACCCCUCUCCGUUGCAUCGGUGUCGUCCAUCUCCUCCGACAGCACACCUUCUCGCCCUGGCUCAGAUGGGUUUGUGCUGGAGCCCCUCCUGCCCAAAAAGAUGCAUUCUAGGUCUCAAGAUAAAUUGGACAAGGAUGACCUAGAUAAAGAUAAGAAAGAAAAGAAGAAGGAGAAAAGGAACAGCAAGCAUCAAGAGAUAUUUGAUAAAGAAUUUAAAUCUACUGAUAUUUCUCUGCAGCAGUCUGAAGCGGUGAUCCUUUCAGAAACGAUCAGCCCGCUGAGACCACAGAGACCGAAAAGCCAAGUCAUAAACGUCAUUUCAAGUGAAAGACGUUUCUCCGUCUCUCCGUCGCCUCCCAGCUCCCACAUGACGCCACCCCCAAUAACUCCGCGGACAAAACUUUCUUUCAGCAUGCAGUCCAAUCUGGAGCUGAACGGUAUGUCCAGCUCCGACAUACCCGACGUCCCUCCUCCUCUGCCGCUCAAAGGAAGCAUGGCCGAUUACGGGAACCUCAUGGAAACUCAAGACUUGAUCAGCCCAACGACAUCCCCUCCUGCCCAUCAAAGGCACCUGCCUCCUCCGCUCCCCAGCAAGACUCCCCCACCGCCGCCUCCAAAGACAACUCGGAAGCAAACGUCUGUUGACUCUGGGAUUGUCCAGUGAAGAAGGAAACGUUUUUUUUUUCCAAAGAUAAAGCUGUAACAAUUCAUUUCCUUAAGUAUUUUAUGGUAUAUAACGUUUACCUCAUUCAGGCGUGCAGUAUCUAACAUUAGUGCAAUGACUCUAACUCCGUAAGAAAUCCAUUUCUAGCCGUGUGUCGGAAACAACACUACAGCACCCCUCUUGCUGGGGUUAUUCCCUCCCGUAACUUGAAAGAAACUUGGAGUUCUACUUGAGACCGGGAGGCGUUCAUCAACUGACAAUACCUUCUUCCUAAAACCUUCUCCCUGCUUCUUCUGAAUAAUUCAGGCACGUAGGUAGCUGUGGAGAUGAAAAUGAGAGUUGAAAAUUUUGUACCCAAAGCAUUUAGGUAGCUAUGGAGUUGCAAAUGAGCUGAGUUAUUUUGUACGUAAU